AGUAGCGCACGGACAGCGCCAGUGACCGGAGCGCGAGUCGGCCAGUCGAUACGUACAACAGAGUUCUAUAACAGCGCAGAGGCAUGGAGUUCCUAAGCACUGAGUGCGCCGCUAGAUCGGCGGGUCCGGCGAAUACGCUGAUGUCGCUCAUGCUGCAUACGCUGAUCGCGAAAUACUGUGACCUCAGUGGCGAGAGCCAGUGGCCGCCCGAUCGCGGCGAUUGGCUGGACAAAGCGGGCGGCUUCGAUGAGCCGUACGAUUUCGUUGUGGUGGGUGCGGGCAGUGCGGGUGCCGUGGUAGCUGGCCGGCUAGCGGAGCAAGCGAAUUGGCGCAUCCUGCUGCUGGAGGCAGGCGGCGAUCCGCCGAUCGAAACGGAAUUCGUCGCCUGGCACAUGGCCACACAGUUCUCCGAGUGGGACUGGCAGUACCAUACGCAGCCCAACGGACGCGCCUGCAUGGCCAUGCUCGGCGAGAGCUGCCAUUGGCCGCGCGGCAAGAUGCUGGGCGGCACGAACGGAAUGAACGCGAUGAUCUAUGCACGCGGCACACGCACCGACUUUGAUGACUGGGAGGCGCGCGGCAAUCCCGGCUGGGGCUACGACGAGGUGCUCAAGUACUUCCGCAAGGCGGAGGACCUGCGCUCCACGCGGCCCGAUUACAAGCCCGGCGAUCAUGGCGUUGGCGGGCCCAUGGGUAUUAACAACUACGUCUCGGACAACGAGUUCCGCUCGACCAUCCGGGCGGGCAUGCUGGAGAUGGGCUACGGCAGUGCGCCGGACUUUACGGAGGGCUCGUUUGUCGGCCAGAUCGAUAUACUGGGCACUCAAGACGGCGGACGUCGCAUUACCACCGCCCGCUCCCAUCUCCGCAAGGAUACGCCCAAUCUGCACAUUGUGCGGCACGCCCACGUCAAGCGCAUCAACUUGGACGGCAAGCAGAGGGCGGAGAGCGUCACCUUCGUUCACCGCGGCAACAAGGAGUACACCGUGCGUGCCAGCAAGGAGAUCAUCCUCUCGGCAGGCGCCAUUGGCACUCCACAGAUUCUAAUGCUCUCAGGCAUUGGCCCCGCCGAGCACCUGAAAAGCGUAGGCGUGCCCGCCAAACUGGAUCUGCCCGUGGGCCGCAACCUGAAGGAUCACGCCAGCUUGCCCGUAAUCUUCCAGAUCGACAAGUCGACGGCCCGCAAGCCCACCGAGGAGGAGCUGGUGGAUGCCAUGUACAACCUGUUGAUGGGUCGCCACAGCAAGCUGUUGCACCACGAGGCAACUGCCUUGACGGGCUUCAUCAAUACCACUUCGUUGCAUGGCCCCAAUCCGGACAUUCAGACAACCAACUUCUUCAGUCUGAUGCAGAGUCCGGAGCUGCGUGGCUAUGUGAAGGCCACCGGGUUCAAUGACCGUGUGGCCAAGAGCAUUCUGUCCGCCAACGAGAAGUCAAACACGUAUAUCACCUACCUAUUGCACCUGAAGCCCUUCUCGGCCGGCCGACUGGAGCUGCAGAGCGCCGACUUCUUGGACGCACCCCUCAUCGAUCCGGGCUACAUGACCGAUGAUCGCGAUGUGGAGACCUAUAUACGUGCCCUCAACAUCUACAAGCGACUGCCGGAGACGCGAGCUUUCGGCGAGCGUGAGGCAGCUCUACACAAGGUCGACUUGGAGGCCUGCAAUGACCUGGAAUAUCAGUCGGACGAGUACUGGCGCUGCUAUAUACGCCACAUGACCACCACCGUCUACCAUCCAGUCGGUACGGCCCGCAUGGGGCCCGCCAGCGAUCCCACGGCCGUGGUCGAUCCCCGCCUCCGCGUGCAUGGUGCGCGUGGACUCCGGGUGAUCGAUGCGAGCAUUAUGCCCGAUAUUGUUGGAGCGAAUACGAAUGCGGCUUGCAUUAUGAUUGGCGAGAAGGGAGCCGAUAUGAUCAAAGAGGAUUAUCUGGGUGCUAGCCAGCACACGGAGCUUUAAGUCCUUUCCCAACUGAACAAGCGAGAGCCACAAUGCAUACUCCAUCCAUUUAGGAGAUUAUGUGUGAAUGAUCUUCUUCAUUUUUUUUUUUUUGUAUUUGUUAGUUAGUCAAUAAAGCGAGCACGUUUAAAAAAUGUUA